AUGGACCAGGAGGCACCUCGCAUCCUGCUCAAGCUCACACAAGUCGAGCGGCUGAGCAUCAAGAAUUGGUCUGCCACCAUCAUGUCCUCACAAACACGGCGGAACUUUCGCAAAUUCUUCCCAGAGAUCAAGGUGUUGUCCCUCCAGGACGUCUCCUUCGCUGCAUACGACUUCCCGCUGUUGUUGGUGUCGUGCCCCAAAUUGUCUGCUGUGCACUUGGAAGCCGUGUAUUGGCAGUUUCGAGACAAAGUCAUGAUGCCACUACCAUCGCCAAAGUGUCAGAUCCAGACACUUUCUCUUCGUGAAUCCACAGCUAUCGUGGCUUUUUGGCUUGCGAACAGCCCGUUUGAGAUGUCUCUGCAGAAUUUCGAAGCAUUCUGGGGAGAUCCGGUGCAGGCCACAUAUGUGCGCGCGUUCUUGGAGAAGGCAGGGUCACGUCUGCAGCAGGUGACGCUUGGAUUCCAUCCUCAGCAAGAUCGAGUGGAUGAAUUCCAGAGUCAGUUCGGCUCCGAUGUGACACUAGCCGAUAUAGGCCUUUGCCAUAACACCGAGCUAACGUCGAUCCGAAUCCAGGACGAUUUGUCUGGGUAUCAUCCUCCGGACGCGCUGGCCCAUAAGUGGGUUUCGAAUGUGAUCGCACAGCUGAUGUCCCCGCACCUUUGCGACAUCUACAUUAAGCUCAUACUCUCCUCGCUGCCCACUGUCGGUGGCUUGGAUUGGGAGCAAAUUGACCAGCAUUUGGUUCGCUUGGCCAUCACGGAACCUCGGUUGAAGGUGACUUUCUACGUAAGUCUGGUAGAUUUUGCUGCGAGCGAAUGUGUCGUCCCAACAAGAAUGAUGGUGGACGCCAUUGUGAGGCGACUGCCCAGGUUGACCGCUCAGACACGUCGACUGGGCGUGGUUUGCGAGAACACACAGGACGACCAGCCCUUGUCAUUGAUACCGUUCGCUGGGGCGUUCAUGGAGGAUUAG